AUAUUUUGUGUGUGCCAGUGAGCUAGUUAGGUGUUAAAUAUUUGAUUGCAAUAUUAAUAUGAAGGCACAGUGUGAGUAGUGAGAAGGGGCAUUAGUAAAGAGGAUGGGUAGACGACCCUGCUGCCCCAAAGAGAUCAACAAAGGUGCUUGGUCUCGAGAAGAAGAUGAAACCCUCUCCAAAUAUGUUUCCAUCCAUGGAGAAGGAAAAUGGCAGAAGGUUGCCCAAAAUGCAGGGUUAAAGCGAUGUGGAAAGAGUUGCAGACAAAGAUGGUUGAAUUAUCUCAAGCCCGGUAUAAAAAGAGGCCACAUCUCUGUGGAUGAAGAGGAUAUGAUUAUAAGACUUCAUCGUCUUCUUGGUAACAGAUGGGCAUUGAUUGCAAAGAGGCUACCUGGACGAACAGACAAUGAAAUCAAGAACUAUUGGAACACAAAUCUGUCAAAGAAGUUACAAAAACAUCCAACAUCAUCAGUUUCUUCACUUCAACACAAACGUCAUGAAAAAGAAAAAACCAUACAAAUGCAUGUAUCACCCGAAGCACCACGGCCUAGGAGAGUUAAUGCAGUUGAAUACAGUAAAAAUUUGGAGAAUGGUGGGUGUGGAAAUAGACCUAGUACAACUCCCAGUCCCUCAAAUAAAGUAGAGGGUAGUAGUGAAGAAGCUUCUUUUAGUGAUUUCCUCAUCCACGACAUUGAUCAAAACCAAUUUUUGAUUGCUGAUGAUUCAAACUCAAAGGUGCCACAAAUGGAAGAAGAUCACCACCACAACAACAAGGUGGAAUUAAUAACCAACAACAGUCCUAGCUCUUCAUCACCUUCUGAUCAUUGUCACCAUCUCUUGCCAGAGAAAUUUGACCCUUUUGAGACCCUUUUGGAUGUGGAGCUGGCUUCCUUUCUUGGAUUUGAAAAUGAUUGAUCAAGAGAUUUUAUUUAUUAUUAUUGCAUGCAGUGAGAUGAAUGAAAAAAGGUCAAGUACUUAGGGAGUGUUAUAGAUAAUAUCCCAUCUAUAUAUGGAAUGCCUAACUAAUUAUGCAUCUAGCUAUAGCUAGAUGUAAUAUACAAAUCCAGGGUUUCUUUUUCUUUUUCCCUCUCCACUUGGGUUGUGAACUCACGUACGAACCCUUAUGUUCCUCCAAAAUCAAUAACAUUAUUCCAACAAGAUAGUACAAUCUAGUGUUUAGAAAAUGUUGGAUUCUAUCUUUAC